GUCCUGAAGAGGCCAACCUCGCGGCUCGACUUUCCGAGAGAAGAGAAGAGAGUUGAACCAAAAUCAAAACGCGGGUUUUUGCAGUAUUCGAAGGUGAACGUGAAGGUGAAGGUGAAUCAAAGAUGCAUAGCUUCAAUGCUUUAUCAACAGUGAGGCGUUCUCUUCAAAAACUUAGAUUUCUCUCUCCUGGGAGGAGCUUCUCUGCUCAGCCCAACUAUGCCGCCUAUGCCCAAAACGACGAUCUUCAGAACCAGGUCUUAGUAGAAGGUAAAGCUAAUGCACGAGCUGCGAUUCUCAACAGACCCACCACUCUCAAUGCCCUUACGACUGCAAUGGCAGCUAGAUUGAAGAAGCUGUAUGAAUCCUGGGAGGAGAACCCUGAUAUUGGGUUUGUCAUCAUGAAGGGCAGUGGCAGGGCUUUCUCUACUGGUGCAGAUGUUGUUACCCUUUAUCGGUUGCUCCAUGAAGGAAAAAUUGAAGAAUGUAAGGAAUUUUUUGGGACAUUAUAUAAAUUCAUAUACCUUCUAGGGACAUAUGUGAAACCACAUAUAUCCAUCAUGGAUGGUAUUGCAAUGGGAGGUGGGGCCGGCGUUUCACUCCCAGGGGCAUUCACUGUGGCAACAGAUAGAACUGUAUUUGCUACUCCAGAAACUCAAAUUGGUUUCCAUCCUGAUGCUGGGGCUUCCUUUUAUCUUUCUCGUUUACCCGGCUAUUUAGGGGAAUAUUUGGCCUUAACAGGGGAAAGGCUGAAUGGAGUAGAAAUGAUUGCUUGUGGCCUUGCCACUCACUAUUUCCUCAAUGCAAGACUUCCUUUGAUCGAAGAACGACUUGGUAAAUUGACUACAGAUGAUCCUUCUGUCAUACAGUCUUCUCUUGAGCAGUAUGGUGACCUAGUCUACCCAGAUAGAAGUAGUGUUCUUCGUAGGAUUGAAACAAUUGAUAAAUGUUUUUGCCAUGACACAGUUGAGGAAAUCAUUUCUGCUUUGGAAGAUGAGACAGCUAGUUCUUACGAUGAUUGGUCCAAAUCGGCACUCAAGAAACUAAAAGAAGCUUCCCCACUGAGUUUGAAAGUUUCUUUAAGAUCAGUAAGGGAAGGGAGAUUUCAGUCUCUUGAUCAGUGCCUUGUUCGUGAAUAUCGCAUGUCCCUUAAUGGGAUUUCUAAACAGAUUUCAAAUGACUUCUGUGAGGGGGUUCGGGCACUAUUGGUAGACAAGGACUAUGCUCCAAAGUGGGAUCCUCCAACUUUAGGACAAGUCUCAAAAGACAUGGUGGACUGCUAUUUUUUGCCACUAAGUGAAUUCGAGCCUGAACUGGAGCUACCUACAGCAUUACGAGAACCUUUGAUGUGAGGCAGAUUUCUAGUAUGCCAUUUUAACUCUGCAGAGGCAAAAUCUGAGAUGUGUGAUUGUGCCCAUUUUUCUAAGUGGCAACUAUGGUCAUCUAGCUGAGGUCACGCCAUUUUUUUUUGGAUAAGGCCACACCAAU